CGGCUUCUAAUGGGUCCUCUCCUCCCUGUGUCCUAGUCAUGACACAAUGUCUGCGGGUAUAAAAGCGAGAGCCACUCCUUCGAAGCCUACUGUACGCCUGGUGGCAACCGCUAGUUUCGUACAGUAGGAGGACAGGGGUCUGAGGAUGGCGACGCUUGUGGAGUCGGCCGAAACCGAGCCUGCAUUCAGUCGCAAUGCAACGGCAUCUCCUACAUCUUCUAGCCUUUCACACCGAUUUCUCGACAACAAAUUUUAUCUGCUCGUGGUUAUUGGAGAAAUUGUUACAGAAGAUCACCUGAAGUGCGCCAUUGCAGAUAUAGAAAAAGGGAUCCGGUCGUGGGACACAAACCUCAUUGAAUGCAACUUGGACCAAGAACUCAAGCUUUUCGUUUCUCGGCACUCAGCAAGAUUUUCACCGGAUGUACGAGGUCAGAAGAUUCUGCACCACAAAAGCAAUGUCCUGGAGACAGUGGUACUUAUCAAUCCCUCAGAUGAGGCUGUCAGUACUGAGGUUCGGCUGAUGAUCUCAGACACUGCAAGGCACAAACUACUCGUACUAUCAGGACAAUGUUUCGAAAACACAGGGGAGCUCAUUCUUCAGUCUGGGUCCUUCUCAUUCCCAAAAUUCAUUGACAUCUUCACUGAUCAAGAGAUUGGGGAACUGCUCAGCACUACACAUCCAGCGAACAAAGCAAACCUCACUUUAUUCUGCCCCGAGGAAGGUGACUGGAAAAACUCAAAUCUGGACAAACACAACCUACAGGACUUCAUCCAUAUGAACUUGAGCUCUGCCUUAAUACUGCCAGAAAUGGAAGGCCUCUCAGAGUUUACUGAAUAUCUGUCAGAGUCUGUGGAAAUCCCAUCGCCUUUUGACAUGUUAGAGCCUCCAACUUCUGGUGGAUUUCUAAAGCUUUCGAAGCCAUGCUGCUACAUCUUCCCGGGUGGUCGAGGAGACUCUGCCUUAUUUGCGGUCAAUGGAUUCAACAUGCUAAUCAAUGGGGGUUCUGACCGUAAGUCCUGCUUUUGGAAACUGGUCAGGCAUCUUGACAGAGUAGACUCCGUUCUGCUGACACACAUUGGAGAUGACAACUUGCCUGGGAUCAACAGCUUGCUACAACGGAAAAUAGCCGAACAAGAGGAGGAGCUGUCCCAGGGUUCCACAGCCAACAGUGACUGGAUGAAAAAUCUCAUCUCCCCAGAUCUUGGAGUUGUGUUUCUUAAUAUUCCUGAAAACCUUGAAAACCCAGAGCCCAACUACAGAGUGAGAAGGAACAUUGAGGAGGCUGCCUUCACCCUGCAAUACUUGAACAAGUUGUCUAUAAAACCUGUAACUCUUCAGAGGCCUGUUGGAAAUGCCAUAGACCCUAUUAUUUUAUUUCAGAAAAUGGGUGUUGGGAAAUUGGAGAUGUAUGUUCUGAACCCAGCAAAAAACAGCAAAGAGUUGCAGUACUUUAUGAAACAGUGGACUGGUAGUGAGAAAGACAAGGCUUCAGUGUUGCUUCCAAAUGGAAAAGAGUCAGAGAUGCCGGUGUCUUAUUUAACCUCCAUUUCAUCAUUGAUGGUGUGGCAUCCAGCUAACCCCUCUGAAAAGAUUGUUCGUGUCCUGUUUCCUGGCAAUGCGACACAAUAUAAUAUUCUUGAAGGCUUGGAGAAGCUAAAAAAUUUAGAUUUCUUGAAACAGCCUAUUGUGACCCAGAAAGAGUUAUCUUCAGAUUUGGCACCAACACUGAAGCAAGCAAAACUAAAGCACAAAACCGAUAGCAAGGAAAGUCUAAAAUCAACCUCAAAGCCAUCAUCUAGUCGAGGAGUCAGAAAGGAAUCCAAGGAAGAAGCACCAGAGAAAGCAAAAACAGACUCAGAGGUAGCCCAAGAAAAGACUCAAAAACUUGAGAAAAAAGAGAAACCUCCCAUGAAGAAGGAAAAGGCAAAGACUACUGAGACAGACGCUAAGGCAAAGCCAGAGGAAAUACAAAAAACCGAAACCUCUGAGAAAAAGAAAGAGAUCAAAACAAAAGCAGCUAAGGAAAAGGUAGUUAAAAAAGAAGUCAAGAAAACCACUGAAAAGAAAAAUGAAGAAAAAGAAGCAAAGAAGGAAGUGGCAAAGAAAGAAGAGAAGCUGAUCAUGAAGAAAGAUGAAAAGAUUAAAAAAGAAGAAAAGGUAAAGAAGGAAGAGCCCAAGAAAGAUGCAAAAAAAGAAACUAAAAAGGAUGUAGGAAAAGAUUCUCCAGCAAAAGAAGGUAAGAAAGAACUAAAGAAAGAUGACAAAGAUGUAAAGAAGCCCUCUAAGGAAUUAAAGAAAACUACUACCCAGGCAGAUUCCAAAAAGCCUGUGCUAAAACCGAAAGUGCUGAAGAAGGAAGACUCAUCAAAGAAAGAUAUUAGUAGUCCAGGAAAAUCCAAAGAUAAGGGAAAGAUAAAAAGCUCUAAAAAAGAAUCGAAGCCCAGUGAAGCCACACUUAGUGCUGGUGCUGCUGGUGCCGCUGUUGCUGUUAGUGCAGCUGCAGCAGCUUGCAUUGCAGAGGCAAUUGAAGCUGAAAGAUCAUUAAUGUCAUCUCCUGAAGAUCUCACAAAAGACUUUGAAGAACUUAAAGCAGAUGGGAUUGUAGAAGAUGAUGGGACUAUGCCUCAGACUAAGCAGGAAGAUACAGCGCCUACUCAUAUGAUACAGCAUGAGGAAGUGGUCCUAUGUAAAGAGCCUUCUAAGGUCGAGGAACAAGUGGCAUCUCUGGAUGAAGGAAUAACAACUACUGAAGCUGAAGGGGACAGUGGAGUAACCCCAGAUGAACUGGAGCCUAAAGGAAAAACCAGUGCUGAUGCUAAUGAGAAAUUUGAAGAUGAGGGCACUGGAUUGGAGGAGUCAUCAGAAACUGGAGACUAUGAAGAAAAAGGAGAGACUGAAGAUGUGGAUGAACAGCAAGAUCAGGAUGAAAGGAAAGAAACACAGGAUGACUUGUUAGGCAGCAAAGAAGAGGACCUGCAAGAAGGCAAACAAUCAAAAGAUAGUCUGGGUUCCAAAGAAAGAGAUGACUUGGAAACUUCUGGGAAAGAUAAAGAUGAAGUAACAGAUGAUGAAAUUGAAGAAGGCACAACAGCUUUGAAAGAAAGUGACUUCCUGCCAAAGAUGUCUGAACCUCAUUUUCUUUCAGCUGAACAUGCCUUGAUUCAAAAUGAAGCCCUUCCAGAUGCCUCUGAGAGUGAAGCAGCAUCAGAUGAAGAGAAUCGAGAUGAGCCACUUGAGGAAUAUACUGCCACAUCCGGCCACACCCAAUCUACUCUUGAGAUUUCAAGUGUUCCAACACCAAUGGAUGAAAUGUCAACACCAAGAGAUAUUAUGAGUGAUGAAACCACCAAUGACGAAACUGAGUCACCCUCUCAGGACUAUGCUAGGCUUGGAGGGGCUGUGCCAUCAAGUAUUUUUGACAGAUCAAAGCUUUCUCCACUUCAAGACAGCCCAGAAUCUGAUCAUUCGAAAAGCGAUGCCACGGAAGGCAUGGAUUAUCAUGUGUCAGCCUCUACACUGUCUCCACCAUCAUCAUUAGAAGAGGACAAAUCCUGCAGACAGCUUCCUUCUGAAGAUGCCAUGUCAAAAGAGAAAGAGGGAGGAUACAGAUUAACGCUGGACACACCAGAAAAAUUCAGCCUUGAUACAACAAGUCUUAGUCCAAGUCCACCUUCACCACUUGUUAGGACACCUACCAGUGAUCACAGUGUAAAUUUGGAUUUAACACCAACUGCUAUAGCUGCACCAAUUGAAUUAGGAACAACUCUUUCUGGAACACAGGAAGUGGAGACUACAAACAGUCCAGAUGAUAAGACAUUGGAGGGUGCCUCUUCUACUCAGUCCGCUCCUGGAAGUCCUGGCCAUACACCAUAUUAUCAGUCACCUGUUGAUGAAAAGGCAAGUACACUACCACCUGAGACUUCUGUCAAAGUCCAUGGACCAAUCAUUGUGGAAGUUACCAGUGACAAAGAGGAAUCUCCCUCUAGAGUCAGUCCAAUGGAUGAGCCUGUCCCAGAUUAUGCAUCACCCAUUGAGAAGGUUCUUUCUCCUCUUCGUAGUCCACCACCACUGGGAGAGUCAUCUCCAACAGAGGGGUUUCCAAAUGCAGAUGGAAAGCAACACUUCGAGCUGCCUCAGUCCCCUUCAGAGGUGAGCGAUGACAAGAAGACAUCAGAACAGUCUCAAAGUCCCUUAGCUGACAGCACCUCAGCCUCACCCACAACUCCACAGCCUGAGCAGGAGUCCUCAGAUUUAAGACAAGGAAUGGAUAAAGAUGACAGUUGUGUCCAGAGCGGCACACAAGAAAAAGGAGAGGAAUCAGGGAAAGUAACAAGUGAUCUGUCACCUGUAUUAGUAGACUCCAGCUCCACUGGAGCAUUUAAAGAGGAUAGUAAAAUGUCCAUAUCAGAAGGAACCUCUGAAAAAUCAGGCACUCCAGUGGAUGAAGUUGUAGCAGAGGAUACAUUUUCUCAUAUUGCAUCUGCUUCCACUGCUUCACUUGCUACUAGUUCAUUCCCUGAGCCAACAACAGAUGAUGUCUCCCCAUCAUUACACGCUGAGGUAGGCUCCCCACACUCAACAGAGGUAGAUGACUCCCUUUCUGUGUCUGUGGGUCAGACUAAAAUAACAUUCCAGGAAACAGAAGUCUCACCAUCUAAAGAAGAGAGCCCCAGGCCAAUGUCAAUUUCUCCAGAUUUCUCACCCAAAAUAGCAAAAUCAAGAAUGAGCUCCAUGCAGGAGCCUAGGUCUCCUGAACAGUCCACAAUGUCAAUGGAGUUAGAUCAAGAGUCCCCUGCUCACUCUUUAGCGCUUGACUUCAGCAAACAGUCUCCAGAACAUCCAGUAGCUAGGGAAAGCCAACAUAUUACUGAGAAUGGUCCAACAGAGGUUGAUUACAGUCCUUCUGAAAGACUUGAUAAGAAAUCUGUGUCUUCAGUGGAGACCAUUCUUUUCAUAGAGAAUGACUCUUCUCAGGCUGCUUUGGCUUCUCCUUCAGAUGGCUCCCAGUCCACCCCAUCUGUUAAUACACCAUCCCAGAUUUCCACGCCAUUUAAAGAGGAGGACCAAUUCAAUAUCACAGACCCCAGUAAAACGUCUCCAUGUUCCAUUAAAAGCUCAGCUUCCCCAGAAAGUUUAAUGUUGAAAGCUGAGGAAACUAUACAGCAACUGGAUAAGUCCCCUGCCACUCCCAAAAUUUCAUCCGUCACUCAUUCUCCUCUCUCUUCUGACUCAUCAGGGGUAGGUCCUGAUAAUGUGUCAAUUAAAUGCAUGGAGUCCACUCAAAAUCUGGAAAAGACUCCAAGUCCAAAAGCAAGCCCCUUUAGUGGCUCGCCACCAUCAACAGAUAUGUUAUUUAGCAGUGAAAGUUCUGUUGACCACAAUGGGCAAUCAUUGAAAGACAAUGAAGCUAAAGAAAAACAUGACAAGUCACCAUCCCUUCCAGAAGCAGGAUCUCCUCCUUUUUCAAUGUCUUCCUAUUCUUGCUUUUCACAGAAAACAGAAUUUGUGUCUCAGGUAUCAGGGACUAAUCCAUUUCUGUGUGAGGAGUCCACUGGUCAGUCUAAAUCCCCGGUGAGUCCUAAGAUUCCAUCUCCUUCAUAUUUACCACUUUCAUCCAAUUUGUCUGACUUUCAGGACAAGUUUAGUGCACCUUCACAAUCUUCAUCGGCAUCUUUCUCACAAGUGUUUGAAUCCAGUUUUUCUCAAAGUGAAGAACUAAAGAGGGACGAACAAGAAGACCAGAAGUGCGCAGGUGGCUCCAGAGACCCAGAUUAUUCUAAAAAGAGUCCCUCUCCACAAUCUAGAACGGAUGUUGAUUUAUGCUUGGUUACCUCUUGUGAAUACCGGCACCCUAAAACAGAGCUGUCACCUUCCUUCAUAAACCCAAGCCCUCUUGAAUUCUACAUAAAUCAGGAGAAUACUCUGGAAGAAGAAAAACCAUUAGCUAAAUCUGGGGGAGGGCCUCCACCACCUGGUGGGAAACACCAUGCUAGGCAGUGUGAUGAAACCCCACCCACUUCAAUCAGUGACUCUGCUCCUUCUCAGACAGAUUCAGAUGUACCCCCUGGGACAGAGGAAUGCCCCUCCAUCACUGCUGAUGCAAACAUUGACUCUGAAGAUGACUCUGAAACUCUUCCAACAGACAGGACCUUGACAUACAGGCAUGCAGACCCUUCUCCAGUCACCCUCCGUGAUUCUGCACCCUCUCCACCCCAUCCUGACGUAUGCAUGGUUGAUCCAGAAGCCAUGAUAGCUGAUCAAAACUUGUCAAAACCUUCAAAGAAAGAGGGAAGUGAAAAAACUAAGAAGAAAAAACUAGGAAUGAAGUCUAAGACUUCCUCACCAGCAAAAAAGAGUGGCAUUACAAAAACAAGUGCUGGUAAGGACUCGUCAGACAAAUUUUCAAAGGUUUCAUCUCCAAAGAAGAAAGAACCCUCACCAUCUAAGUUGAAUGUGAAUGUUGGCGGAGAGGGAAAAGAUGCCAAAAAUGCAUCAAAUACCUCUGCCUCAAAGGGUGCAAAAACAGCUACAUCAGGCUCUGGCAGUGGUAAGACCACUGGAGGGAUGUCCAUCCCUGACUGCCCCCCAAUGUACCUGGACAUGGUAUACAUACCAAACCACUGCAGCGCUAAGAAUGUUGAUGCUGAGUUCUUCAAGCGGGUGAGGUCGUCUUACUACGUUGUGAGUGGUAAUGACCUGGCUGCACAGGAGCCCAGCAAGGCUGUCCUGGACUCUCUUCUGGAGGGAAAAUCUCAGUGGGGCAAUAACAUGCAGGUCACUCUGAUCCCAACCCACGACUCAGAGGUAAUGAGGGACUGGUACCAGGAGACCCACGAGAAGCAGCAGGAUCUCAACAUCAUGGUGCUGGCCAGUAGUAGCACAGUGGUCAUGCAAGAUGAGUCCUUCCCUGCGUGUAAGAUUGAGUUGUAAUUCAUAAUCUCCAUAACCACAUUGCACAGACGCAGUGCUUUAACUUGCAAAAUCCUCAGUGUAAAACAUGGAAAUACAAAAAAAAAAAACUGUGAAUCAAGGGUAAAAAUAUUUAAAAUGAAAUCUAUAAACAUGCUGAUACAAUGUACUCAGCUAAGGCAAACAUACUUUAUAACUAAGGCACAUUCCCCAAACCACCAGUAAUUAUUUGAAGUUACAUUGUUUAAAAAAAAAAUAUAUAUAAUGAAAAUUUGAAACCCUUUCUAUAGACUGUUAGUAUAAUACUACAAACCCCAAUCAUGAAGCAUGUCCAUAGGCCUAGAAUGGUGUGUGCAAACGUUUUUGUUUUCCAGAAAAGGGAAUGUCAGAAUAGAUGAAAUAGUGAUCAUUACACAAUGCUAAUUAGCACUGAUAACAGUGGUAGAAACAGAGAAAUAUAAUUACUAGAAGGGUUCUAUGCCACCCCCGCCCCCUCUUUCAAACCUCUCUAUAAUAAAGUGCUUAAGUAUAAUCUAUAAUACUGUAAUCCUGCAUCUACAGAAGAGGCUGCUGGAAUACCAAAGUACCAGCAACUAUUCCUACUGUGUACAUCCAUUUAGGAUGUCAAACUGGAGUUGACAGCAUCCUACAUAUCAAAGAGCACUAAAACCUAUGUAGACAAAAGUAUUCAUUAAUAUUGGCUUUUGCCCUAAAGCAUAAACCAAAAGAUAAUGGUGUACACAUUUUCUGCCUUAGAAUGUUACCUGAAUGUAUAAGAUACUUUAUGCACGUAAUGGAUAUAGAGAAACAGCAGGCGCAUGAGUUGAAAUAAUUGGAAUGAUAGUCAACGUCAAUUGCCCACCAUCAAGGAAUUAUCUUCAAGAUACUGGAACAGCUCUGUGUAUGUGUAUUGUGUGUGUACUACAACCAUGACAUUUGAGCGAUCUCAUAGGUAAAAUAUUCUUAGCUGAUUGAGGGACCCUAUGGAAUAUAAUUUAACAGCUUGGAGAUGAGACCAUUGACCAUAUUUGAUCACUAUAACCUUGCUGGGUUUUAAUUACUUUGUGAACUUAAUGGCACUUAGAGCAGAACAAAUGCUUUUCUAUUGCUUGCUAAGCAGGAGUUCUGCUUUUCAUUAGUGCACUAAAAUGUGGCCAUUCAAAAUGAAUUAAGAUUAGAAAACAUAAUUAAGAACAUCUCACUAUACAGUAAGACUUCACCUAUCUCUUCUGCCCAGUGCAUAAGAAUAACUCUACCAUAGUCUUAUUCUUAUACACUGUAUGGGUACACUGGUGGGUAUACUUUUUCAGCGGAAAGAAAGUCCACGCAAGGCAUACAUUAGCAUUGCAAUAAAUAUUAGCAGUAUUGAAGCCGACAGCUAUAUUUCAGUUCCCAGAUAACUGUCUUACCACAGUGAAGCCUCAUUUCAUUUUUAAAUGAUUUAUGAUUUCAUUUAUGUUUUUCACUACUUUUGGACUGAAUUCAAUUCUGUUUUUAUUUAAUUUGUUGGAGAAAAAAAUCAUAUUCAAAAAAGUAUUUUGAUCCAUCAAUGCCUUGAACAGAGAGGGAUUUUUAAGCUGCUUUUUAUGUGCAGUUCUGCUCUAUAGGCAACACAUAAUGAAAUAGGUUUUUAAAUGUAAUUUCCCCAAUUCAUCUGAUAGUUAAAACUUAAUUUAGUGGGUAUCAUUAAAUUUUCUUUUCUCAUAAUGUCAGAGGGAAAAAACUUGAAUGUGGUGCAUUUGGCUUUGUUUAUGAAGUGAUAUGAUUUCCAAACCUUUGGACUUUUUCUUUUCAAACUGUACUAUAAUUAUAAAUAACUUUGUGGCAGGGUGAAUGGUUUGGAUGGAUUUGCAUGUGCAAUGUAAAAUACUGAACAUUUCUUUUUUUAAUGCGGGGAAGACUGGAACUGCCAGCGAAAAGUAAAUAAAAAACAGGGCCAUUGUAAAGCUAUAAUACAAGGAACUCAUUCACUGGCUAUUAUCAGAACUACAGCUAUCAUAAGUCUUGUACACGGCAAGUGGUGAUCAUUAUUACAACAUAAAACAUGAUCCACCGUGUCCAAAAUAGUGCCUGCAUCUUUGGACGCUGUUCUUCAGUUAACUGCAAACCCUUUUUGCCAGAACUCUCAGUUUCUCUAUGUAACCGCCGAACUGUAUCCUUCAUAAACAUUGAACAUCAUUGUCAUUAUAAAGCCUUGUCAGAUAUAGCAGAGCUUAAUUUAAACUUGCUGAUGGCGUGGGGAGAUGCAUCAGUGUGUGUAUGCUAUGGGAUUAUAACUGAACUCUUCAUUUUAUAUAUAUAUAUAUAUAUAUAUAUAUAUAUAUAUAUAUAUAUUUACACAAGGAUUUGCAGAUCCAUGAUCUCAACAAACAUAAUUGCAGACCGUAACAAACAACUGAAAUGACAUUGUUAAAUACUGAACAUUUCACUACAGGAAAAACUCUGAAUAUUAGUUGCAGCAUAAUAUUCCAUCGACAAAACAACUUGGACUUUCAAUACUGGUAUCAUCGCCUCUUCAGUACACUGGACCUGACACAAGAGUGACACAACAGCUUGCAACAGUACCUCUAACCACAUGCAUGAGCAUCCAGUCACAUCACUGCUAACAGACAAACUGCAGAAGUCUUGACCUUUCCUCUUAUUCUUUCUCCUCCUGGGUGAUUGUUAAUGUCUGUCUGCAGCUGUGUAUGGUAUACGUCUUGUAAUCCUUCCUAUCCUUUUCCAAGUCAUAAUGUAGAGGCUAGUUUCCAGUAAAAGUAUUACUUAGUGCUUUUAUGAUAUUUGUGUGCAAUAUCUCCUCCCACUGAGGCAUUUGAUGUAAAGGGAAGUACUAUUAAAAAAGAGGGGAAAAGAA